AUGGGGAAUAAUGUCAUUGAAUAUGAGGGAACUUCAAAGUCCAAAUACAAAAAACAUAAAUCCUUCGAGGACUUUGGGGAUGAUGAACUGUGUAAGUACUUCACCAGUGACUUGAGUGUACUUCCUAUUCAUAAACCGCCAACGAAAAAAAGUAGGGCGGUCGUAGAUGAAGAUUCGUACGAAGACGAAAGUCAAGAUGAGGGUGAUGAAGACUAUGAAGCUGAGGAGACUAACUAUGAUGAAGUUGAGAAUUCUGAUGAGGAGUACGAUGAAGUGCCAGAGCGAGAGACACAUCCAAUUAAGAGGGGAUACAAACAACAAGUGUCUCGGAAAGUAUUACCCAAGCAAGGUCUGAAAAGGAGACGACUUCCUACCCCAAAGCCACGGCCACAGGAGCAGCAAUACGUUGUGAGAAGAACCAAAGGUCUGUCAGGUCUGUCAAACGGGGAACAAGUUAAGAGGGAAGAGUUAUGUGUUGCGACGCAACUACAAAAAUGUCGCAACAAGCAACCAGCGGUCAUUUGCCGUGUUGAUGCAUUUUCGAAGUUGAUCAAAAGGUUUGAUGCUUCUAGAAUUGAAGUUGUUAAACAAAUGGGUUUUGGUGGGAUGCUAAUGUUGAAGUUGACCCAACUCUCGCGACAGUUCUGCUAUUGGUUAAUGACUAGGGUGGAUGGAGUUGCCCAGACCUUGGUUGCAGGUGAUGGCAGAGUCUUACCGUUGUCUCCAACACAAUGGAAAUGCAUAUUUGAUCUCCCAAUGGGAGGUAAGAAGGUUCCCUUCGACGUGGUUGAUAGUCCGGCGUUGGUUGUUAAGGCUGCGAAGGUGGCUCGGAAAUUCACAAUGGUGAAUGGGGAGGGAAAGGAAAUGGUUUCUUUACGUUCAGUCAUCGAUGCGUUAGUCGAAGAGGAUGAAGAUGGCAACGUCACCCAGCUAGAAACCGAAUCGGCCCGUAGCGAAUUCCGUACUGCUUUCUUGAUGGCGCUCUUGGGUCUGGUCAUAUGUCCUUCGACUGAUGGAUCAUAUAUGUCUAAGCCCUUGAUGCAAGCGUGUACUGUGGCAGACAUGUCAAUUGAAUAUGAUUGGUGUACGUUUGCCCAUGAGUGGCUUAUGACUAAGUCUUCUGAGUUUGCUGAGAAGUUUGACAAAGCUGGGUUCGUGGCGGGAUGUGGUGGUUGUACCCUGUUCCUCUUGAUAUUCUACCUAGAUCAUUUGAACAGGCCUCCUCUGUCGUGGAACGAGUUUCCAAGGAUAGGAGUUUGGACAACUGAGCAUGUCUUCCUGGCUAGGGAUUUGGACAAGAAGGAAACUGACGACUACGGAAAGCUAUCAUCACUGGACAUUGCAUAUGGGGAACCACAUCCCCGACUCGCCAGAGACAAAAUUACACCCAUCUCGCAGGAAGAUGAAGAUGAGGAUUGCGAGGAUACAAGGCUAGUAAAUAAUAUUAUGAAGUUGAUCACACCUUACCUAGAGAGGCUGGAGGAGAAGAUUGAUAAGUUGCAAACGGCACGGGACAACACAAGACCCUUUGGCUUUCCCAUACAUGACCAGUUCCAUAUCCAUUCUCCGGCUCAUCAUUUUGCUGACGAUAUACAAGAUCUUGAUCUUGGUUUGAAUCAACCAUUCACGUCUCUUGAGCAACUGGGAAGUCCAAGGAUAAUCAAUCCAACCUCACAAAGAACCCAAACAGAGCAACAAGAGAUCAACAAGAAGAUGGCCGCUGUCGACGAUAUGUUGCACAUUGACAAUCACCAUCAAGUAUCAGUUACUGAUGUCAUUGGCAAAGUUGCAAAUGAAUCUCUUCAAUCCGUAUUAGCACAACGUCAUGAAGAGUAUCAUGCCAAUAACGAGAAUGAUCCUGGGAACAAUAAGGAGUUGAAUCAAGACGACCCAUUGACUAGUAAGGAGUUGAAUGAGGAUGCGCGUGACAAUGAUGAGGAGUUGAAUGAGGAUGCGCGUGACAAUGAAGAGGCCGCUGCUGGAGGAGGAGGACCAAGGAGGAGGAGGAGUUUAGGACACCGAACUCAUAUUCCAUCUGCAGCAGUAUUUUCGGGAGAUUUCGUGUCUGGUACAAACCAAAGGGUCACAGGUCCGGUUAAUGACAUCACUGCGUUCGUUAAGAGAUGGAAAGAUUUGAGAGACGAGGCUAAUCCAGGACAAGUCAUGAUUACCUGCGAUGGCAGGAGUGCAACCCAAAGAGACUGCUAUGGGGUCUUGCAUACAAGAGCGAGGGUCAGUGCUGACUAUGUAAGGAUGGCUUCGGAGAUGUAUAUGAAAAAGUGGGCAAUGGAUUACGAAGGCAAGAGUCGGAGAAUUAUGCUUGACCCAACAUUUGCGAUGAGGGUAAUUACGAAUAAGGAUCCUUUUGAACAUCUGGCAAAGAAGCACGGCCAACCUCUUCGUGACAUAACUGCAUCCCAGAUUUGUGUGAUUUUUGUUCCUGUAUUGGACGAUGACCAUUGGUGGUGUGCUGCAUUUGAGUUGAAGGAGAAGACCAUAUGGUUCAUGGAUACUAUGUACCCCAACCCCGAAGAGAAGCAUAAGUCUAUUCUGAAAAAUAUGAUCCCGGCCAUCGACACGAUGUUAAAUGUCCAUGACCCCCAGUGGGAACUAGGCACAAUGGGUAGUUGGGGAAGACAACUAGUCGAGCUUAUGAACAACACCGACAAUCAUAGCUGCGGCGUACUAAUGUUGGGAUGGAUAAAGUCAUCGGCCGCUCGUAUCGUAUCAAGAUAUGGAAUGGAAAAUAUUGUUGUGGCUCGAAAAGCGCUACUAAUGGAAGACUUUCUCUCGGAAUUUAAUGAAGCAAAGGAUGAAGCAUUGUCAGCAAUCACCUGUACUUGAAAGGCAUCUGAUGAUUCUCGUAGUAAUAUUAUGUAACUCUUGGAAACUGUUUAUUAGCCGGAUUAUCUAAUGUUUAAGA